AUGAAGACACAGGAGGCCAAAAAGGAGGUCCUCUACAUCAGGCUGCAGCAGCAAAGGGGCAUCUUCUAUAAGGAGCUCAAAGUACCUUCCGCCGUUAACCAGUUCACCCAGGCCCUGGACUGGCAAACAGCUACCCAGCUACUUAAGCUUGCCCACAAGUACAGGCUAGAGACAAAGGAGAAGCAGCGAAGGCUACUGGCCUGUGUUGAGAGGAAAGCCGCUGGCAAAGGGGACAUCCGAACUAAGAGACUGCCUGUCCUUGGAGCAGGGGUCAACACAGUCACCACCUUGGUGGAGACCAAGAAGGCUCAGCUGGUGGUGAUUGUCGAUGAUGGUGUGCAUGAGUGUGCCCCAAAGGACAUGAAGGAGCCCUAUAGAGAGUCCCGCAUCAGUGCAGACAUGGUGGAAAGGCUGGUGAACCACCUGGUGCCAUCCCUGCAAGGUGAUGGCGACCCCUUCUAUGUCCCUGCCUUCCUGUACUCAUACAGAAGGUUCACUACCACACAGCAUGUGCUGGACCUGCUGUUCAAACGGUAUGCAUACUUCCGCCCGGAUUGCAGAGAGGAUGAACAAGUAAAGAGCAUCCUCUAUUCUUUCCUGGACAUGUGGAUAGACAAAUACCCCGAGGAGUUUUGUAAGAUCUCAGACCUGUCCAUUCUCAAAAAGCUGCAGACCUACUUGAUGGUGAAUAUGCCCUACUCAGAUCUGAAUCUCCGUGUUCAUAUGCUUCUCAUGGAGUUGCAGCAAGAGUCUAGUGAUUCAGAGAAAGCGGAUGAAGACUACUCAGUUGUUGGGGGAACUCGCAUGAAGAUCAAGCUGCACAUUUGCUACGUGUGCAGGAGCCCUGUAUUUGCCCCACAAGAGGAGAAGGUUAUGAUAAAUGAACAGUUGCCUUUUGGAAACAUGGAAAGCUUGAGAACUGAAAGACAGCAAUACCCUCAGAAGCUUGAUGUGACACUCAAUGGAAUCUGUCCAUGGAUAGAAACUGAGGCAAAGACUUGGAAUGAGUUGCGAGAAUCACUAGCGAUGCUGAAAUCUGCCAAGAAGAUGCGCUGUAGGAUUCAGAGGAUUGAACUUGAAAAUUCCAACUUAGUCGUCACAAUUGAGAAACAAGCCAGAGAAAUGGAAGCGCUUGGUGAAAAACUGUUACACGCAGGAGUCAAUGUGGCGGAAGCAGCACCGGCAGAGGGACCUGGGGAGACGAGGGAGACUGUUGCCGCCUCGUGGAGUCAGGUGGAGCUGAUGGAGCUCACAUCGGAACUCGCUCAAGUGAGAAUGCAAGAGGAUUCUUAUAAAAUGGAAGUGCAAAAAUAUAAGGAACUCUAUCUAAAAGAACUAAGAAGCAAUAAUGCCUUACUCUCAAGUCUUCAAAAUAGGACUUGCAAGUGUUCAGAGCGGUCAUGUUCAAAUUAUGAGGAGGAGAUGCGGUGGAAGACCUCGUCAAUGGUGGCUCUUGUGGGGCCCCACCCUGAGGGCCCUCAAGUGCCAUAUCUAACAAGCAGCACCAUGGGGCCACAAGGAAGUGCGCCCCAGCCCUCCCAAGGCCCAGAAGCCAGAUGUGAAUUCAUGGAAAAAUCUAGGCACUGGUCUGAAGAUAAGGAGAAAGCACGGCUUGAACUAAUCAGCUCGGUACGGUCUCUACUCUGCGCUUUGCAUCAAGAAACCAGGAGGACUAAAGGGUUAAAAAAAGAGCUAGCCGAAAUGAAGAAGAUCUUUAGCGUGCCACCACAGGAAAAGCGUGCACAUGAGGGCAGAAGACAUCAUCGCUGCGAGGUGUCAAAAGUCAGUCAAGCUGACACGGGUGUUCCCGUUGCUAUGCUAAGACUUGAGGGAGAAGCAACAACUGCAGAAAACUUAGGGUCCGUUCGUGAGACUUCAAGCGCCUCCGUCCUAACUCAGAUGGAACUUAAAAUGAAAAGUAUCAGAUCUGCCAUCGCUGAAGUGAGCACCCAGGAAUGCUUGGUUAAGAAAGAGCUGGACGUCAUUAAGCAGCUUUACCGCGGAGAGUUAGAACACUUAGACAGCAUGUCGCUGGGGCAGAACGCGUGA